GGCGGAGCGGAGCGCGGCGAAGCGGGCCCGCGGGGGGCGGCUGCAACCGUGUCCGGGAUCCCCGAGGCCUGGAGGCCUGGAGCGGGGAGGGGAGGUCGUCUGCGCGCGGCCGGCUGGCUCGGCCUCCCCGUCCGCUCCCGAGCCGAGCUGACGGGGCCCCGCGGAGCCUGAGGCCGGGGCAGCGGGUCCGCCGCCCAGCCCGAGGCCCGGGAGGAGGAACAUGACAUCGCGGAGAUGGUUUCACCCGAACAUCACCGGUGUGGAGGCAGAGAACCUACUCUUGACCCGAGGAGUCGAUGGCAGUUUCUUGGCGAGGCCUAGUAAAAGCAACCCUGGAGACUUCACUCUUUCUGUUCGAAGAAAUGGAGCUGUCACCCACAUCAAGAUUCAGAACACUGGGGAUUACUAUGACUUGUACGGAGGGGAGAAGUUUGCCACUUUGGCUGAAUUGGUCCAGUAUUACAUGGAGCACCAUGGGCAGUUAAAGGAGAAGAACGGGGAUGUGAUUGAGCUCAAAUACCCUCUCAACUGUGCAGAUCCUACCUCUGAAAGAUGGUUUCAUGGACACCUCUCUGGGAAAGAAGCAGAGAAACUACUCACUGAGAAAGGAAAGCACGGGAGCUUUCUCGUCCGAGAGAGCCAGAGUCACCCUGGGGAUUUUGUCCUCUCUGUGCGGACCGGUGAUGACAAAGGGGAGAGCACUGAUGGCAAGUCGAAGGUGACCCACGUCAUGAUCCGAUGUCAGGAACUAAAGUAUGAUGUUGGCGGAGGAGAACGCUUUGACUCUUUGACAGACCUGGUGGAGCACUACAAGAAGAACCCCAUGGUCGAGACGCUGGGCACAGUGCUGCAGCUCAAGCAGCCUCUCAACACCACACGGAUCAAUGCUGCUGAAAUCGAAAGCCGGGUUCGAGAACUAAGUAAAUUAGCCGAGACCACGGAUAAAGUCAAGCAAGGCUUUUGGGAAGAAUUUGAGACACUACAACAGCAGGAGUGCAAGCUUCUGUAUAGCCGAAAAGAGGGUCAGAGGCAAGAAAACAAAAACAAAAACAGAUACAAGAACAUCCUGCCCUUUGACCACACCAGAGUCGUGCUCCAUGAUGGUGAUCCCAAUGAGCCCGUGCCAGAUUACAUCAAUGCCAAUAUUAUCAUGCCUGAAUUUGAAACCAAGUGCAACAACUCCAAGCCCAAAAAAAGUUACAUUGCUACGCAAGGCUGCCUGCAAAACACAGUGAACGACUUUUGGCGGAUGGUGUUUCAGGAGAACUCCAGAGUUAUUGUCAUGACAACGAAAGAAGUGGAGCGAGGAAAGAGUAAAUGUGUCAAGUACUGGCCGGAUGAGUACGCGCUGAAGGAAUAUGGGGUCAUGCGUGUCAGGAAUGUCAAAGAAAGCGCGGCCCAUGACUACACGUUACGAGAACUGAAACUCUCAAAGGUUGGACAAGCUCUACUCCAGGGCAACACGGAGAGAACCGUCUGGCAGUACCACUUUCGGACCUGGCCCGACCACGGCGUGCCCAGUGACCCUGGGGGUGUGCUGGACUUCCUGGAGGAGGUCCACCACAAGCAGGAGGGCAUCAUGGACGCGGGGCCCGUGGUGGUCCACUGCAGUGCUGGAAUCGGCCGCACGGGGACUUUCAUUGUGAUCGAUAUCCUUAUUGACAUCAUCAGAGAGAAAGGUGUCGACUGCGACAUCGAUGUCCCCAAAACCAUCCAGAUGGUGCGGUCUCAGAGGUCAGGGAUGGUCCAGACCGAGGCCCAGUACCGCUUCAUCUACAUGGCAGUCCAGCAUUACAUCGAGACACUACAGCGCCGCAUCGAGGAGGAGCAGAAAAGCAAGCGGAAAGGGCACGAGUAUACCAACAUCAAGUACUCCCUAACGGACCAGGCCGGUGGAGACCAGAGCCCUCUCCCUCCGGGCACCCCAACGCCAUCCUGCACAGAAAUGAGAGAAGAUAAUGCUCGAGUGUAUGAAAAUGUGGGUUUGAUGCAGCAACAGAAAAGUUUCAGAUGAGAAGACCUGUCAAGAUCAGCUCAGAGAGGCAGAUGUGGAACUGCACCCUCUCCCUAAAAAGACCAAGACCAAGAUGCAAGAAGGUUGCUGCGAAGAGGAAGCGUGGACGGCUUGCGUUGCGGCUGGUACCUUGGAGAAGCAAAUUCUGAAACCAUUCAAAGAUCCCUGUAUUCUAACUCAACAACACCUGAUUUCCAGUUAGCAUUUCCUCAGACAAGAAGAACUCACCUCAACAGGAUGGACCAUGUUCUAUUUUUCAGAAUUUAAAAAAAAUUUUUUUUCUCUUAGUGAUGAGGGGAUGAUUGGGCACUUGUAAGAGAGAAAAAUGUAUGCUUGGUAAAAUAAGUAACAGCAUCCUCCAGAAGAGAGAACGGUUGGUUUGAGUGCUGCCCCCAGUAUUGGAUGAUUCAUUGAUGGCCUCUGUUUUGUUUGUUUUGUUGUUGUUGUCGUCGUCGUUGUGUUGUUUAUUUUUUCCUGGCUAAAUGAUAAUUAAACCAGUGCCCAGACUGUCAGAAGCUGACGGUCUUGCCUUUGUGUUGCUAUUAAGAAGCUGUGGAGGUUGGACCCGGGAUCCAUGAGUCAGGGUGAGAAGCGGGUUUUCUUAGCAACACCCUCCCGCAGUUGACCGGGAGGUGAGUUGAGGCGGUGGUGGCGGGAAGUCAGUGGCCCAGCUCUCUUCCAAGUUGUUCUCUUGUUUUUAGAAAGAGAAGCUGCAUCUAGGGGUAACCAGUGUUCGGGAUAUCAGUUGUUGCUGACAUGCCAGCCCUAACCCCAGGCACUCCCCUGGGCCCCCACACCCUUGCUUUGCUUUUUCAGUCUGGACCCUGCUCUUCUGAGCUCUGCUAUCACCGUGUGGUUGGCAGGUUCUGGGGGGAAUGGCCAGGCCCUCUCUGCACGCCGUCCCCAGGAGCCCCCUAGCUCCCUAGCCUCGGGGCUCGUGGGCUGCUCAGAGGCUGGGUCCACGAUGGCUGCUUAGAGCUGCCAAGAGGGCAAGAAGGCCUUGGCCAGUCAGACUUGAACCCAGACUCAUCUGGCUCGGCCCCAGCUCAGGCAGCAGGAACCCAGGAGCAGGACCGGAAGGUGCGGCUUAUUGUGCUUACCCACCCCAGGCUGUGCUACGGUAACAGCCUGACUUGGAAGAGUGGGUGCUGUGACCUUGGGAAGCAGGUGCCAGGCAGCCAAAGGGCCUUCCAGAAGCUUCCCAGGUCUGUUCCACCAGCUCUGGGCAUACCUGUGGAAGCUUCACUCGGGGAAACUGGACUUCCAGGACGGCUGUGGGGGCAAUCAGAAGGCUUGAAACAAGCAGGUUGGCCCUGGCACCUCCUUCCUCUAGGCAGGCCGCCAGUGCAGGCUUGCAGGGAUAGGCCCGAGAAUGCCCCCAGUCUGAUGGAAUAGGCAGUAGCUUUUUUUUUAACCAAGCAGUGAGAUCUGCUAACUCUACCUUAAGUGCCUUCUCUGAAGAUCCUACCCCGUGCUCGUGGAAUCAUUAGGGGUUCAUGCCCUUGAGUCUUGCUCUCCUUCUGCCUGAGGCUCCUUGUGGAAGGACUAGAGUCCUGUUAGUAGCAGCUUCCUGAGGUCUGUCCGUCCUGUCUUCCCUUGAACCCUGGGCCGAGCAGGACUGUCAUUCCAGAGAUCAGUCAUAAAAUGAAUUCCCCACUUUUCCCCCAUCCAGCAAAUUUCUCAUUGCUUUAGUGCACAGGUGUGUGCAGAGAGGAGGGAGAGAGUGGAAGGUCGGUAGCACUGUCUUGUUGACAGGCCUGUGGAGAAAGAGAUUCCUUUUCAGUAUUUGCUACCAGGAUCUCGACUCCUGCCCAUGUUGUCCCCGUGUCUUCAUACCGAACAGUUCUUGGGACAAUGCUCUUGCUCUGGGCACGGGUCAGUCUCGCACCAGCAUCUAGAGGCUUGCUUGUACAGAUAGCGUGGCAGUAAAUGUCUCUGCCUGUAGCAUUAGGUCUGUGGGUUUUGCUUUCGAAUCAGCCACACCAGAGCUUGGCUAGCUUGCUUGGGUCCCUUGAUUUUGCUUCGAUUUCCCCUCCCCAAGUCAGCAAACUCACAUCACUUGAGCAUGUUCCAGUCCCAGCCUCUCGGUCCCUAGGGCUGAUUGUGGAUUCGAGUAAAGGUGAUCGCAGGUGCUCAGAUGAGAUGACUUGAUUCCCAAGUGGAUCCUGGCGGAGAGGCAGGGAAGAAGGAUGAGCUGGAGAGGCCGAGGUAACAGAGCUUAUGGAAGUGAAUGUUCCGAAUUGUGGUUUCUGAGGAAGGUCCGAGGGCCGGGCCAUGCAUUAGAUGAAUCAGGUUACCUGGAAAACGGGUGUGAUGGUUGUGUGCAUGUGUCCCGUCAGCUUCUGAGUUGCUGGUAGACCUGGAAUUUGCACAAUAUCCCUUAGCUGGUAUUUUAAAAUAAUAAGCAUAAGAUUUUAUAUUGGGGGUAUGGUGAAUAAAUUAUCUGGCAUGUGUAUCAGGGUGUUUGGUUUGUUUUUUAUAAACCCAGAUUCCAGUUUUAAUAGAUUUUUUUUUUCUAAAACGACUUUUUUGGAAGUCAUCUUGUCUGCAGAGUUGGGCAUUCCUUCUUCCUCUGAGCUCCACGCCUUUCUUAGUGCAGUGAGUGGGGUCAGUGAGUGGCUGACUAUGCUGGAGUCUGCGUUCAGCGGCUUUGCAAUGACCAAGAUAAAAGAGUCAAGAUGCUUUGUUUUUCAGGCUUAUUUUCCCAGGGAUUUCCGGGGCGGGGGGGGGGGGGGCUUUGUAGUCGAAAGAUUUGCAAUUGUGAGGUUUGGUGCUCUGGUGGGGAAAUGUUUGCAAUUGUGAGUUGUGUUAUUGUAUGUCCCAAGUGUGCCAGCUCAGCACAGGUUUUUUACUCUCCGGUCUCAGGGGAAUAAAGAUCUUUCUGUGGCAAGCAUAGGGACACCCCGAUUUCACGGUGCCAGAUUAGGAUUUGCAUCAGCCCUUUGUUUUGUAGCUGUCUCUUCUCACAUUGGAAAUAAGUUCCAGGACGCAGCCCCCUGUCCCUUUGUCUUUACCAAAUUUGUUCCUCCCCUUCCCACCCCAGGGGGCAGUUGAUUUCAGUAUGUUGUAUAACGUUGCUGUAUAUCAGACUAAUUUUGACAAGUUUUUCAUCCUAAACCUCAGAUCAUGUCAUUAAUAAGUUGCCUGUUUAUUUAUGACCUAAUUGUGAUUCUUUUAUUAAUAAAAGCUAAUGGAAAAGGAUCCUUUAUUAAGCCGGUGACUAGACCUACAGUUAAUUUUCCUGCAGUAUAUGAAUUAUUGUACCAGAGUAUUAAAAGAUAUGUAAUAUUUUAUUGAUAAAUCUGUCCUUUAAAAGGAAUACAUUCUAGGGUGUCAUCAUUUUGAUGUGAAUCAUGUAAAUGUUGAUAAUAUGCAGUGUUUAUUAUACAUUUAGUGUUUUAAGAGAGUCACUUAAUUGCCUUUUUGCCACAUAUAUUAUGUAGUCUAUUUGAAAAAUAAAAAUAAAAAAACAACAAUAAACAUUUAAAAGAGGGCCUGAGUGGUAUAGUACAGUGGGUUAGGGCACUUGCCUUGAAUGCCGCCUACCCGGUUUGAUCCCCAAGACCCCUUAUGAUACCCAACCCAUAAUCCACCAGAGUUGGCCCUGAGCACUGCUGAGUGUGGCCCAAAAACAAAAACAAACAAAAAAAAUCCAUUUAAAAGACUCGUUUAUGUAGAGAAACAUCAGUGAAUGCUGUCUCUCCACCUGUAUUUAUGGGUGUUAGUUCAACUGCUUUGCUAGUCGCAAAGCUGCAUUAUCAGAGUACAAGUGUAUUUGUAAACUGUAUGGGAUCUAAAAAAAAUAAUUAGGAAUAAAACCAUUUUCUUAU